AUGAAGGGAGUUUCUACUCCCCUUUCUCAAAUGUACCCCUCUCCUGAGGUUGAACAACAUAGUGAUAAGGAUAACGAUUCCUCUAGUUCUGACAAGGACUUGGCUACUGAAGGGUUACGCUCUCUAGGGCAGACCAUGUCUGGAAAAGGGAAAUCUGUGGCUUCUCACACUGCGAAUGCUUCCCACUCUGAGAAGCAUGAUGAUGCAAAUAUUGUGAUUGAUCUAGAGGAUGGUAGCUCUGAUGAUCAAGAGGAAAUCUUGAUUCAUCACAUGAAGCCAAGUGUGGCUAAACGCAUGAAGACUCGCAAAGGCAAAUAUGUGGCUGAACUUAUGUCAGCUAGAAAAGCCAAGAAGACUGCUGGUAUUGGUCCCUCCAAACCAUGGAGCAAGGUUGAAGUAAAGAAGAGGAAGGUCAGAGGUGAUUCUGAGCCUGAAGAGGAUGUUGAGGAAGAUGUCCCUGACAUCUCGCCUGUGAAGAAAACCACUAUUAGGAAGUCUCCUAUUAAAGUUCCUGUUGUUCAUUUGGAUAACAUCUCUUUCCAUCUUGAGGAUAGAGCUGUUAAGUGGAAAUUUGUGAUUCAGAGAAAGGUGGCUAUAGAAAGGGAGUUGGGAAAAGAUGUUGCUGAUGUCAAGGAGGUCAUGGACCUGAUAAAGGUUGCUGGGCUGUUAAAGACUGUGGCUGGGUUCUCUCAAUGCUAUGAAGGUUUAGUUAAGGAAUUUAUUCUCAACAUUCCUGAUAAGAACAACAAGGAGUUCUGCAAAGUGUUUGUGAGGGGUAAGUGUAUAACAUUCUCUCCUACUGUUAUUAAUAAUUUUCUAGGCAAAAAAAUUGAGGGUGCAGGUGAAUUAGAAGUUACAGACAAUGAGGUCUGUAGAGAGAUUAUAGCUAGGCAGGUGAAAGUUUGGCCUGUUAAAAAGCAUCUUCCUGCUGGGUAG